AUACACACCUUCCUGAUUUAUUUUUGUGUGAAUGACUGUAGACUGUACAGCCAAUGUGUGUGUAACGUCAACAAGUGGCGGUUAACCUUGAGGUAAGUGACGAUCAAGCAGUAAUACGUGUUAUAAUUUAACGGUACAUUUAAGUUUGCCUUAUCUUUUGCUAUUAUUGGAAGUGAUUUUUAAUAAAAUAUAAUAAGAAAAAUGUUAGCACUAACCGGUCGUGCACUUCACUUUGUUUUUAAAAUUCCAAAUAGGAGAGAAACGCUUAGAUUUUAUAGAAAUGUAUUAGGAAUGAAGGUAUUAAGACAUGAGGAAUUUGCCGAAGGAUGUGAAGCAACAUGUAAUGGGCCUUAUGCAAACCGUUGGAGUAAGACAAUGGUCGGUUAUGGCCCUGAAGAUAGUCAUUUUGUGGUAGAAUUAACAUAUAACUACCCUGUUAAAUCAUAUGAGAAGGGUAAUGAUUUUAUUGGCAUAACCAUUAAAGGCAAAGAGAUCCUUGAGCGAGCAAAAGCAGAAAAGUGGCCAAUUCUAGAAGGAAACACUCUGGAAGCUCCAGGGGGUUAUAAGUUUUUCAUCACAGAUGAACCACAGCCAUUGGAUAAGGAUCCUGUCCAAAAAGUUACCUUGGCUUCAUCUAAUUUGUCUAACACUUUAAAAUAUUGGCAUGAUAUUUUGGGACUAAAUGUUUUUGAAAAAACUGAAAAGUGUGCAGUUCUUGGCUUUAAUGACACUCAAACAAAAUUGGAAUUUCAGGACAUUGGUCAAACAAUUAAUCAUGCAAAAGCGUAUGGCCGUAUUGCAUUUUCCGUUCCCUAUGAGCAACAGCCUCUUAUUGAAAAGGCCAUAAAAGAAUCGAAAAAUAAGAUAGUGACGCCGUUAAUAUCUUUGGAUACACCUGGCAAAGCAACAGUGAGAGUAAUCAUUUUGGCUGAUCCCGAUGGUCACGAAAUUUGCUUCGUGGAUGAUGAAGCAUUUAAAGAAUUAUCAAAACCGGACUAUGAAAGUGAAAAAAUAUUGGAUUUAUACAUGAGAAAGGACGCAACCGACAAGUAAAGCAACUUAAAUAAUACAUAUUUCUGUAUUUCUUUAAACAUCAUUGUGAUAGGAAAAUAAAAACCUAAUAAGUUCUUUGAUAUUAUUAAUAUACUGUACUUAAUAGAACUUUAAUUUAGA